AAACCAUGACCAGAAGGCACGAGUCGGCCACACGUGCUCUUCUUUCUGUUGAAAAUCGGCGCUCGACUUGUUUCAUUUACCGGAACAACUUAGUCUAGGCUUGUUGCUCACGCUUGUUUGGGGCAAAAAAAUUAAAUAAAAAACACUUACCGGUUAAUUUUCUAUGUAAACUGCAUUGUUGAUCUUAUUCAUCGGCAUAAAACGACAUUCUUUAAUAAUUGAAAUUAGCGCCCCUUGUGCAAGCUGAGAUGGACAACAACGAUAAUCCUGUUAUUCAAGGAUUGGAGGCUCUUUUGGGGAGUGAAGACAUGCAUGAGGGUUCUGUAUCUCACAGCAAAAGUUUUGAAGAAAUGAGAACCAGAUUCAGAGAUAGCUUUAGUUUGGAUCAAUCAAAGGAUUCUGGGAUUGCUUUUUCCAAUCUUAGUUUUAGACAUAUCCCAAGUGUAAACACAUCUAUUCAGAAUCAAUCCAUGGAGUCAGGCUUCUCAUGUGAAUUAUAUGAUACUUCGUUCAGUUUUAAGCCAGCUGUUAAUGUUUCAUUUGAUGGAUGCUACAUCGAAGAUGAUUUUGUGCCUGUAACUAGAGGUCUUGGACAAAAGCUUCAACAGUCACAGUGGCCAGCAAGACCUAAAUCUGGGAUCCUUUCUAGUGCUGUUAGCCACGGUGGUGAUAUUAAAAGUAAAACCCCUUCUUCACCUUCAAGCAUACAAGAAGCAUACACCCAAGUGAAACAUACAUACCUGUUGAAAAAGUGUUGGAAUAGUAUAUGUUGCAUAAGGAAACUUCGUACUCAGUUGACUCAAAAGCCUAUGGAUCUGGAGCAACCAAUAGAAUGGAGCGUAAUUUACUUGCUUGAUGCCUUCAAGAAUGAAAUUAUAGAAAUGACCAAAGAAUUCAGUGACUCGAAGCUUGCUUCCUUGCUACAUGAAAUUCAGAAGUCUUUAGAGCUGGUGUACAGAAACAUCGGUUGUAGUGCUAUGGAUUGGAAUAUGUUGAACCAACUUCAACGACUCUCUAGUAAUUUGUUUGUGGCUCUCUAUUGUCAGUGCAUUCUACAGAAUUCACUAUCUACCCCAGCUGAAGAGAAGUUUCGUUCCGAGAAACGCUUUACAAUUUGGAAUAGUUUGGCCUAGAAGUGUUCUGUUCUAAUCUUAAGACCCCGUUCUUUUUGUUUUCCUGUUGAGAUUGGCAGCAUACUUUUUCGCGACGUGCCUAAUGUUUUUUUCCCCUACACUGUACGAUAAAUAAAUCAAUAAAUGCUU